CGACGUAUUCGACGACGGCCCGCAACAGCGACGAUGAUGGCGAUGAUCACUUGGUAUGCGAUAAUGGCCACGUCCGCGGUGACGAUGGCGAUCUCGACAACGAAGGCGACGAUGUUCGGAAAGGCGACGAAGGCGGUGAAGACGAUGGGCGAGAUGAUGUGCACGCCAGUCAUGAAUUCGCCGAAGAUAACUGCCAAAACAACGCAAGCGGUGAAGAUGGCUACGUUGACGACGGACGCAGUGAUGAUGGCGAUGACGGCGACGAAGGCGCUGACGAUGGCAAUGAUGGUGAUGAAGGCGAUGACGUUAAAAAAAAACGACGAUGGCGAUGAUGGCGACGAAGGCGCUGAUGAUGGCUACGAAGGCGACUCACGCGGUGAAGAUGACUGCGAUGGCGACUGAAUAAGCGCGGCGGGCGGCGGGGACUGCGUCAGGGAGAGAGAAAGUGUUGUCGUGCAUUUGCGAAGAACGCCCGCGUCCUUAUAAACA